UUCAAUUGAAUAAUGACAUUUUAAAUGUUGCAAUAAAGUAUCAUUAUAUUUUGUCUUUAACAUUUCUUUUAAUUAAAGUUGCGAAGGAUUGUGAGUAUCGACCAAGGGAUGAACAAAUGGAACGUAUGAAAACAAAUGUGUCAAUUGAUGAUUUGUAUUACCAGGUCAUUAACUCGUCAGAUUAUGAUAAAGUGUACGUUUUAAAUCAUCUGAAGAACGCAACAACUGCUUUUAAUGAAAAUAAUGAAACGAUACCAUCUGACACAAUAAUAAUGACCAUGAAAAUGAUUACAAAACUUGCAGAAGGUGUGGAUGUAAAUGACCAAAGGUCCUUGACAAAAGAAAGUCUGAAGCCAUAUCUGGAGGUCGUGAGUAAUAUCCUAGGGGAUAAUACAAAAGAAGGUUGGAUUGUUAUAAUAAACCAGACAGGCAGUGGGGCAAAUGAAUUACUCGAUGGCGUUGCAAAAUUCAUGACAAACUUAAAUGAAACAGACGUAGUUGAAUCACUAAAUAACACAUAUGUCGCGAAAGCAUCAAUACGUGAUUGCGAUAAUGGUAUUCAUUUCCCGAACCAUACUGACAUGGAAUUGCCAGAUUGGCUAGCAAAGCCCAAGAACAAGUUAUCUCUAAACUGUGACAAAGAUUCAAAUGCAUACGUCGGAAUCAUAUUGAACAACGUCGAAUCCAGCUUUCCUUCAACAUACGGACCAGAAAUGAACUUGCAACAAGAGUUAAAUUCCGGCGUGAUUUCAUUCUCAUUGAUACCGAAGCCAGAGGGCAAACUAAAACAUCCAAUAGAAAUAACGUUUCAAACAUUAAAGAAAGAACUUGAUAAUCCGAAGUGUGUAUAUUGGAAAAACAUUGAAGGAUCGCAGGGAUAUUGGUCUUCAGAAGGUUGUUGGCUUCACCAAUACAUAAGGCAAGAUGGUGUUAUUGUUUGUAAGUGUACUCAUCUGACUAGCUUUUCUGUGAUGAUGAGCCUUUCACCUGACCUGGCUUCAGGUCACUACAAGGUGUUGAGUACAAUCACCAAGAUUGGGCUGACUAUCUCAAUGGUGUUUAUAGCCCUCAAUGUGUUUGUCUACAUUUUGUUUUGGAGAUACGUAAAGUCAGCGCAAUCGAUCAUGAAAGUGAACCUUUCAUGUGUAUUAUUUUUGGCAAAUCUGAUAUUUUUGAUAGGAAUAGACAAAACCACCAAUGAGGUUGUUUGUACAACUGUAGCAGUGCUCCUUCAUCUUCUCUACCUAAUGGUGUUUUUUGUUAUGCUAAUCCUUGGCAUCGACAUGCUCAACAGUGUUUUGAACCCCACUCAUCUUGGACACAAAACUGGACGCAACCUGUUGGUUUCUUAUGGGAUAGCAAUGACAGUUGUUGCAGUAUCUGUGGGAUCCACUCAGCUUAAAGGAUACGGCACUGACAAAUAUUGUUGGCUGUCGACAGAGACUGGGCUAAUUUGGGCAUUUCUUAUACCUGUCAUUGUCGUUAUAACCGUAUGUUUCAAUUAAAGUAUAUUGUUAUAUUUUUUAAGAAUAUUUUGAGGCUAUCAAUAAAUUUGAAUUCAAAAUU